GGGAAACCACUGGAAAGCACAUCAAGCGCCGCGAAUAAACCAUCUACUGAUAUUUAAAUAUAUAUUUCCAAAGAUCUGCAUUAGACAGAAAUGCUGCCGAAGUGCGGACUUUUCCUGCUGCUCGCCCUGGCCGCAUCUGCCUUUGAGGUGGAUCAGGGGGAACCUUCUGCUAGGAGAGUCCGCUUCUCCGCUAACAGCCUCUCGGAUGUGGCUCGCUGCCUGAGCAGUGCCCUGCAGGUUGGCUGUAGUGCCUUCGCCUGCCUGGAGAACUCCACCUGCGAUACCGACGGCAUGCACGACAUCUGCAAGUCCUUCCUGUACAGCGCAGCGAAAUUCGACACUCAGGGAAAGACCUUUGUGAAGGAGAGCCUCCGCUGUAUGGCCAGUGGCAUCAAGGGCUUCCCCACAGUGCGCCGCUGUUCCACCUUCCAGUCUAUGGUGGCCGAGGUCCAGGCAGACUGCUACUCUAAUCUGAACCUCUGUGGAGUAGCGCGUUCCAACCCCGAGGCCAUAGGGGAGGUGGCUCAGCUCCCCAGUCACUUCCCCAACAGGCAUUACAGCACACUGCUGCAGAGCCUCCUGGAGUGUGACCAGGAGACCGUAGGCCUGGUGAGGGACAGCAUGGCAUCCAGGCUAGGCCCCGAGGUGGCCAUGCUCUUCAAGCUGUUACAGAGCAGCCCUCGGCCCGCCCCCGACUCCUCCCACAACAAAGUAGAGGACCGCGGCAUGAGUGGCCGCUGGCCCCUGGACCCGCCCACCUUCAAGAUUCAGCCCAGCCCGAAGAACAGAGACCCCAACCACCUGUUCGCCAGGAAACGUGCUGCGGAUGAGCGCCCUUAAUUACCCCGAUCUUACUUUGGGCGGGGGCAGGGUUUGGGGGGUGGGUGACGUUUACCCUUUUCAGGCGAAACGGUGCCCUCUGGUGGUCUAAAAACCCUUUAGUCUGCAUAAUGGCAAACAAUAUACCUGUAGUGAGGUAGGAUGUGGUCAGGGGUACAGCAUUUAGGAUUGUUUUCAUUUUACAGCUGCGUUGGUUGAUGCUCCAGGUCCUGCUCUGUAUUCAGCUGAUGUGCCCUUGAAAGACAAACUGUACAGCUGCAUGUCUCAGCACUUUAGAGAGGAAUACUGCUUUAAGGUCAUAUUGCUUUUACAAGGAGUGCCUUAAAUUACAUAUAUUGGUAAUCAGUCUAUUUAAAUGUAUUUAAACACUGCCCUCCAGGCCGUAAUUUUCUGGUGUUGGAUGGAGAUGAGUUGCAGGAUUUUGCGGAGAGUGGGAUGGCUUUGGAGGACCUGCCAGGGAUGGAGAGGCAAUGGGAAACAGCUCUUAACCAGGGCUAUUUGUUAGCUUCCGACAAAGUGCUUUUUCCGCUUCUGGCUGUGUGAAAGGCUGCCGGAACCACAGAGCUGGCUGUUGUGUGGCUACACAGGAAGUAGCGAGCAGGAGUACUUAUGGCGUGACAUGUGACAAAUUCCAUUAAGUGGCACAAUGCAGUCUGUCAUGUGACCAAACCAUAGCAGCGAAAUCUGCCUAUGAGGCCUGCAGUCUCUCCUGCAGUUUUGCAGUUAUCGGCAUAAAAAGGCCUCUCUAAUGUAGAUGAGUGCGACAUACUAAGCGGUUUGUGAUAUGUUGUUCCUAUUUAUUUUCGUACAUUAAGGUAUGUCUAUUUAAAUUGUAUUUUUUUUGCCACAGCGUUGACUGUGGUUGGCUAGUUGUUCUGAAGUCAAACAACAAUGGUCUUCAAGAAAAAUCUUCAAAGCGACCCGACUCCAUGCUGGUCAUGGAAGACAUCAGAACAUCAUCUACCCAGUCAAGUCAAGAUGCACAAACUGGGCAAGGCAAACAGCUGACCGACAUGGUACAGAUCUAAAUAGAUGACAGGCGACAGCAUGAAAACCGUCAGAUUUCUCUCUCUGUAUCCUGUCUUCGUGAAAUUUUAAUGGAAAACUUUGAUUUUUGCCUGUUACAUACUGUUACUUCUAAAAUGACCUCGUCUGUUUCUUCCUCUCCAUCUUACACCGUUGGUUCUCAUUGUAAACGUUAAGGUUAAACUGUGAAGGGCGUUGGUGAAUCAGAGAGCAGCAUUAGCAAGAGAUCCUAUGAUUAAAGAGAAAUCUGAAGUCAGCCAAUCAGAGGAGCACCCUGAUGUUGCCUUAGCAGUUUGGCUGUAGGUACAAACAGGAUUAAGAGUGUCCCUGGGUGGCACCUGAAUGGCCCUUUUUAAGAAUCACACUCAGCCACCAGCUUCCAACAGCGUGGUUGUCUUUGGUCAUGCCAUUUAUGAUGGGAAAUCUUUGGUCUGGUACCACCCAGGUUUUUUGCAGCUGUUGUUGGUUCAAACAUGUUCACUGGCCCUCGGACUGACCUCUCUGGCCCCUUUCAAACAGUACA